AUGGCCGCGCUAAACAACGAGUUUCUCUACAGCACAGGCUGUCCCCUCACAACAUUUCAUCCCUUCCCAAAGCUCCCUGCCAACCUCCGCGCUCUCAUAUCAAAUCUUGCCGCGCCAGCGCCACGGACGCGCUUUGUCGAGCUUUACGGUUACUCUGCACCUACCUACACCCCAAAGAUCCGCUACAUCCCUCGACUACCUCCACUCUUUCACACCUCGCGCGAAACGCGCAAUUUCAGCAUCACCCACGAAGGCGGUACGCUGGUUCACUUCUUCGCGACGGAGAAGGAGGACAAGAAAUUCUACGUCAACUUCUCGCAGGACAUCAUCUUCCUCAGCUCGCGCUUCACGCCGUCAGGGAAAAGCACCGAAACAUCCCGGCUCCGAAAACUUUCUUCAUUGCUCAAACCAUCGUUUCUCUCGCGCGUGUGCAAGAUAGUCGUAACGUACUCCAGCCUCGAUGAUUACGCUGCAGUUGGGAAGGUGUUGCUAGAUUAUGUGGGGCUGGAGACGCUGUAUGUUGCCAUGUGCGAUUGGUGGAGCGAGAGGAGUGUAAAGAUGCGCUUGAGGAGGGGAAGGCCGAUAGUGGGGUAUGUGAUGUGGAAGAUUGAGGCGGAGAUGAGGAUUGCGGAGGGCGAGGAGACGGAGGAUGAGGAGGAGAGUAGGGAGGAGAUCGAGGAAAGGAUGGAGAUUAGGAGGAAGAGGAGGGUGCUGGAGUGUGAAUUGAGGCUUGAUGAGCCAGAAAAUCGAGUCUGA